AUGUCUAUGGGUUAAUUGUAUUUGGUCCUAAUGUUGAAUCGUCUUUGUGAUUUUGGGAAGUGAGCGAGCGUGCUAAUGUUAUAUCGUUGUUUAUUUGCAAUGGAAACGUGGCUAACCUAGCAGAAUGUAGCCGAUGAGCGAGAGGUAGAACCCAUUUUGCGUAGAAUCCAAACCACUAUUUGCACUCACAUUCACAUUUGUGAGCCAUUUUGAGACUUCUGCAAAUCUAAAAUGUGCGUGAAUGAUGGAUUAAUUGUUUAAAAACUGAGUGUGAGAACAGGCAAAACCCCGCAGAGCAAGCCCGUGUUGGGACACAUUUCAAACCCUGAACCUCUAAAUCGUGAGGCAGACGUAUGGGUACAAACUUGUUCACCUGCUACUAGUCCUGACAGGCUAACGCUGCUCCAUAAUGAAGCAUGGAAGACGAGAGGAGAACAAGAGUGGUCCUUCUGGCUUGUGGGUCCUUUAACCCUAUCACCAACAUGCACCUGAGGAUGUUUGAAUUGGCUCGAGACUAUCUAGAAGACACAGGUUGUGUAACAUCUGGUCGCUAUGUGGUGGUGAAAGGCAUCGUGUCCGCGGUCGGAGAUGGCUACAAGAAGAAAGGCUUAGUUGAGGCUUUCCAUCGUGUGAAAAUGGCCAGACUGGCAACAGAGACCUCAGAGUGGAUCACAGUGGAUCCGUGGGAGAGCUUGCAGCCUGAGUGGGUGGAGACAGCCAAAGUGAUUCGACAUCAUCAUUCAGAACUAACAGCCGGCGAGCAAAAUGGUGAUGAGGUGGACACUGUAAAGUAUGGCAAGAAGAGACGGAUCGAGGAUAAUUAUUUUCCGAGUGCAUCAUAUCACAAUGAAAGAGAAGCAACUCAGUUGAUGCUUCUGUGCGGUGCUGAUGUCCUCGAGUCUUUUGGGAUUCUCAACUUGUGGAAGGAGGAGGACAUCACCGAGAUAGUGAGCCGCUUCGGAUUGGUGUGUAUCACGCGCUGUGGCGGCGACCCGCACAAGUUCAUCUACCAGUCAGAUAUGCUGUGGAAGCACCGCAAGAACAUCCACGUGGUCCCUGAGUGGGUGGCCAACGACAUCUCCGCCACGCACCUGCGUCGGGCUCUGCGCCGCGGUCAAAGUGUUAAGUACCUGCUACCGGACAACGUACUUCAAUACAUCCACGAGCAUGGGCUAUACAGUGACGAAAGCGAGCAGAACAAUGCUGAUGUGGUUCUUGCACCCUUGCAAAGAUACGCAGGUGGCCCUUCUGGUUAAAAAGUACUGUAGAGUGCUUUUACGGUGAAAGGACACUAUUUAAAGCUUCCACCAAUGCUGACUCCCCAAAACAGUAAUAUUGUAGAACCUUCAAUUUAAAGUUCAUUACAAAGAAAUUUCCCAUUUACAGAAAUGUUAUAUUUGUUUGAGACUCCAUUCUGUCAUAGAACCUUUAGUCAUAGCACAGGCAAUAAUUCAUUGCCAUUUAGUUUAACAGCUCAUCCCCUCACUUUUCCCACAUUUUUAGACAUGAAUUGUCACACAAAUAUAAAAUGAAACAACCUUCAA